AGCGAUUGAGAUAUGGGCGUGACAUGUGGGGAAGCCUGGAAGAACACAAACACAGCGGAGGUGCGCAGGGGCAAGAGAAACGCAGAGAAAGUGACAUUUAAAUUAUUUCAUGCUCAUAAAUGUAAAUUUUACUUGAUUAAUUUGAUUCAACACGAGCAAUUGAACACGAUGAAGUGUAAUUAUGAGCGCGCACUCACUAAAGAGAGCUUAUAAGGUUUACUUUACACAUGCUUAUUGACAUUUUUUUAUUAUUAUUAUUUGAUACUGAGAAUGAAAUAGGGAAGUUGAAGCAUGGGAUCGAAGUUAACCAGACAAAGUAGUCUGGACAGCCAGGCGACUUUCUUUCGGAGGGGACGGCAGCAUCAUGAGCGGGAUGUUGAGAAGAGGACAGGAGGAAAAGGAGAGUUUUUACUCAGUACACUGAUGCUCAAGUCCGACAAGCUCCCCGGAAUGCUGCGCAAAUCCAGUCCCAGCCCGUAUGUCCGGAGAGUGGCUUGGGUUCGGGAGAUCCAGACCCUGCUGAAGGAGCAGAAGGUGGAACAAGCCAUCGAUGUGUUAAAACUGCUUAGAAAGGACCUGGGUCUUGAAGGAACAUCUCUCAACGACAUCCUCUACAAGAAUGCUGCCUUCCUCAACCUAGUGGAUCCAAUUUCCCACGAGCUUUUGCUCAGUUUGGCCCGAGACAUGCAGUGUCCAAAGAGGGAGUCUGACGCUCUCAAGUCCUCUGAGAAGAUCUGCAGGCAGCUGAUCUAUCACCUGACCCCUCACUCCAAGUGGAGCAGACAGAACGUGCCCAGGAGGAAGUCUCAAGCCUGUCUUAAAACUAAACUGAAAAAGAAAUUAACAAAUGAUACCGUGGAUCUGUCUGGUAUCCCGCUCUCUGGCCGUGAUCUGCAUCGUGUGGCAUACUACCUUCAGAACAAUGGUUCGUCUGUGACAGCGGUGGACAUCAGCUUCACAGAGCUCCAAGAUGAGUGCUUGCGACUUCUCUUACCAUUCUUAGGAGUGCUACCCAAACUCACCACCCUCGCAAUCAACGGUAACCGACUGACUGUAGCUAUCCUUAAAGACCUGAUCGAGGUGGUUAAGGACCCCAAAAAGUUUCCCAGUUUGGCCUGGGUGGACCUGGGCAACAAUGUGGACAUCUUUACAGUGCCUCAGCCGUUGCUGGUCGCCCUUCGCAGACGCUUUGGAAUGAGAAGCAGCCUACCUACCAUCUACGAAUACAGUGAGGGUCAAGGCAGCGGCUACUUCCUAGAGACUUCUACUGAGGAAAUCAGUGUGUUUGAGGAGGAAGAGGAUGAGCUGGAAGACCAUCUGGUGCUGGAGCCCUGGAGUGUAGAAGAGAAAAACACAUUGCGUUACUGUGAAAGGUGAUGGACUCUGCUGUUUCUUUUGGUUUGGUGUUGUUCUUUUGUUAUUCUAACACUCCGAAAAAAGGUUCAGUGUAUCAACAUUGUAAAAGCAUUGAGAUCCCUUUGCCACAAAACCUAAAUGGAGUGCCGUGAGAUAAAAAAUGGUCCCACAAACUUUAUUCAUUAGUCCAAUAGCUGCAGAAAGCACCAGGGAAUCUGUUGUUUGCAACAUUAUACUCAAAAUUAGGGUCAAAUACUAACUAACCACAUAUAAAAUAACAGAACAAGACACAUUUGUAUGUCAUAGAAGACUACCAGCCACAUCAGCAACUUUCAAGCUUCUAAUGUGAAAUGUUCACGUUGGGCUUGUGACAGAUACGGACAAAUGCUCUCCUCUGAGAAGGCUUUUGUCCAGGGUAGAUUCGCCUCAAUUAGACGGACGAGGAGAGGUGAGAGAAAAGAGAAAAAAGGCUGCUAGAGUGCCCUCGGGCUAGGAGAGAUACUGAUGUCUGUGUGUUUGCAUGUGUGUGUGUGUGUGUGUGAUGUUUUUUUUGUGGAAGCUUAUGAUGCAAAUGUAGCUUUAGCCAGAGCUCAUUAAACAGAACACACAGGCAGCUGAGAGACUAACAAUGCCGCACAACCAACAUGGUUUUCUUUUUCUUUUUCAUUAAAUCGAAUCCAGGUUGCAACAAGGAUUACAUUAGAAGACACAUAAGCAGCUGGCAAUGUUUCAUCAGCGCAAAAAAAAAAGGUCAUGAAAUUGUAGUGAAAAUGAUUUUUUGUGUUUUAUUGUUUGGUUCAUGUCAGUAUUUUGUAUUUUUAAACACAUUUGAUGUAACAGAGUUCAUUUAUUAAUUCUGAAUGCUGUGUGUGUGCAAAUGCACCAGUGUUUGACAGUAAACCUUUUGAGUUGUUUUGUGAUGCCCUUUGCUCCACAGGUGGUUUUUCCUUUACUGACGCGUGUCUGAUUUGUACCUUACACGACAGGCUUUUCUAGCUAGCCGGUCUGGUUCUAGCUUUUUUUCUUUAUGUUUAUGACUCCAGUGUCUACAUUUUCAUAGUUCAAAGUUAAUGUGUUCAGUUUUGGUAUGAAUGUCACAAACAGUGUGACUCUAAUAGCUCCGAGCACCUGGAUGUUCUUUUCCUUUCUGUUUUAACUCUAAUGAAUGAUUGUUCUUGCUGUGUGAAAUAAACUCUGUUUGUAAAAAGA